CUGGACGGACAAGGCAGUGUGCGCGGUGUUUGUUGCUGUGGUGGGACUCGCGUAUUGAGUUCCCGCAUUCCCUUUGCGUUUUCAAGCCGCGACCGGGAAUCUCUCCGGCUCGGGAGCGGGAGACGGCGGACCCAUGAGCCUGCAGCAGGAGAGACGCGAGGUGUCGUGGCUCGGCCUGGCUCGCUGGCUGCUGCCGCCGCCAGAGGCCAGCAGCCACGACGUGUUCAACGAGCGGCGCGCCGGCGUGGACUACGACCGCCUGCCGCGGCGCGAGUUGCGUCGCUCCCGGAGGUCGGCGCGCCGGUCCCCCGGCGGCGGCUGCGUGCGGGACCGCUGUCGCCACGACGGCGGCUGCUGCCUCGUCGGGAGGCUGGCCGGGCGCCGGCACGGCCACGCCGACCUGCCCGCCAGGGACCCCGUCCAGCCGGGGCAUGGCGGGCGCUACCAGUACACAGCGCUGGAGCCCGACUCCAGCGCCCAGGAGCGCGUCGAGAUGGAGCGGAAGGCACGGGAGCGCGCCCAGAACGCUUGCCUGCACUACUUGCAUGCGCGCCCACGCUACACGUUGCUGCACCACCUCAACGACAUCGGGUCGCGCGUGGACAAGCACUGGUUCGUGGUGCGCGACACCUCGGUGAAGACGGAGCGCCUGCUGACGCUGGUGCCCCGCGGCGCCGGCUGCCCCAUCCGCUGCGACGCCGGCACCCGGGACACCAUCCUGGGGCUGUUCCUCGCGCUGCAGCACCCCUACAUCUACCCCGUGCUGGACCUCGACUUCCGCGACGUGGGCUCGCAGACGUACGUGAUCCUGGUGCUGCCCUUCAACAACAAGGGCAGCCUCAAGGACCUCAUCUACAAGAGCCGCUGGCAGGACGACUGGGGGCAGAAGUACGGCCAGCGCAGCGCCGGCCUGCCCUUGUCCCAGGUGCAGCGCCUGGGCAGGCAGAUCCUGGAGGCGCUGCUGUUCCUCAAGGACCGCGGCUUCCCGCCCUGCGGCCACGUGCACUCGGGCAACAUCAUCCUGCAGAACGGCGUGGCCAGGUUGACGGGCCUGGAGAACACCCUGCUGGGGCUGACGUCACGCAUCCACCCGGUCAUCUGGAGCAGAGCCAGGGAGCAGCCGCAGGCGGUGGACGCCAUCUGCUUCGGUCACGUGCUGUUUGAAAUGUGCGCGGGCUACGAGUUGUGCGCGCCAGAGCCGACCCAGGGACAUCUGCUGGACAUCAAGGACUACCCCCAGAUCGUGGAGGUGCUGGAGUUCAUAUUCCACGGGCCGCACCAGCGCUGCCCCUCCGUGGAGGAGCUGCUGCUCAGCGACUUCUUCCGCAACAUCGACCUGCGGGAGAUGCGAGCCGCGCCCCUCCCGCAAGCGUUCCAGGCGAGGUUGACAGCGUCUACGAUAAGCCUUCUCAAUGAGAUCAAGAGGCAUCAGGACGGCAAAAGGUCGAGGAGGUCUCAGUCUGCCUCCACAGCUGAAAACUCCUCUCCGAAAGUCAGGGAACGAAAAUCCGAGUUUCGACCAACAUUCCGCGAGAAAAAGAAAUUAAAUCUGAAAACUUUAAAAGUUCACUGCCGUUCGGACGAAAGUGUCGGAGAGAGGGCGUGGCUAGUAGACGGUCUUUCCGAUGACAAAAGUGAAACCGAAGUGUAAACAUGCGCUUUAACGUGGCAUUCAUACAGGCUACAAGCUGUUUUCUAAUGAACUUUUAAUUGCUGCUAGAAGAUAUGUAAGUUUUAUCACAAGGAAAAGAAACACAUUAAAACUUUAUUUUGUAUUGAAGGAAUUCAUUUUAGUGGUGCCUUGCCUUUGCAGAUAAAGAAUUUUCAGCAUCACAUGAAAAAUAUGUAACACAGCACAGAUAGCAAUGAUAUAAAUUUUCGUUUUAUCAUCUUAGUGGUUAUUACUGAAAAAAUUUAAGUAUUUUAAGCCGUUUUUAAUUUAAUAAUUCUUGCAUAUAAAUGCACUGUGUGUAUAUUUAAAAAACUAUUUCAACCCAUUUCCUUGUGUAUUUUUAUGUAUAAUAUUGAUUGAUUGUGAGUAAUAAUUGUAUUUUUUUUAUUAUGUAAUGUAUUCAUGUCUUCAAGCACUGUUAACUAUUGCUACCCAUGCUGUGGUUGUAAGAUGCACUGUAUUUGGUUGUUGAAAUGGUUGUGAAAUAAAUUAUUUACACUGCACUGCA